AUGUCCCAUCAGGCCACAGAGUCCUUCUACGACCAGUUCUUCCUCGACUAUGAGAACAACUACCACAACAACGAAGGCCUCAAGGCCUUUGUCCGCGAAGCUGCCUCGAAGCUCCCCGCCCACGCCAAGGUGCUAGACGUAGGCUGCGGUACGGGACGUCCCAUAGCCGAAGCCCUCUGCGCAGCCGAGCUUGAUGUCACAGGCAUAGACCUGUCGACAGAGAUGGUAGAAAUGUGCAAGAGGCGGUUCCCCUCCGCGAAGUUCAUCAAGACGGACAUGACCAAGUUUCGCCCCCAGCAAAAAUUCGACGCCGUCUUUGCCGUUCUCUCGCUAUUCCAUGUUUCUCAUCGUGAAUGCUACUCGAUGCUGUUCAAGUUUGCCGACUGGUUGAAGGAGGGCGGCCGCCUCUUCAUUACUACUAUAUACAGCCACGAUUUGGUGGACAGAGGAGCCAAGCCAGAUAGCCAGGGCAUCAUCGAUCUCGCCGACUGCCAGUUCCUGUCCCACGAUGUUCCUCUGACGGCCUUUUCCAGCGAGAAGUGGGAGGAGUACCUGACUGCUGCCGGAUUCGUCGGGUUUCAUGCUACAAAGUAUGAUUUCCAGCCCGCGGAUCCAAAGCUCAAGGUUGCCCAUCACCACUUUAUCACGGUGAACCAAGGAGAUAACCACCCGCUCAUGGGGCCCUAUCCUUACCCUGAUAAAGUGCUUGGGCCGUACUCUCUACAAAAAACGGCAUACAAAUCCUUCAUGGAAAGACUUAAUGACGUCGAAUCGAACGCUCUGGCGGGUCUGAGACAGCCUUUUCUUUCUUUCUUUCUUUUUGCAGACCCGAUGAACCGCAGCGAUUCGUUUCCGUUUAGCGCCCAGGAAGUUUCCAACAAGUUCGACUCCAUUGUUCUGUCCCGAGUUCUCGACGGCCUGGAAGACAUUAACGCGCCUCUUCAGAAGGCCAUGAAGGCAACCAGCAAGAUAGUAGUCAUCCAGGCUGCCCCAGACAACGAUCUCCUCAAGCAAGCCAACCUCAGCAGCAACAAAGCCCCGAUGCACCACGGACUCAUCCUCCACCGAGCCGCCGAGAUCCUCAAGACAAACGGCUUUGGCAGUCUAGAACUCAUUCACAUUAGUGAUAGUGCAUGUCGCUUCUCAGAGGAGGACUUGUCUGCGCGAUCCAAGGUUGCUGCCAUCUUGAUUGCAGACAUGUUCUAUAGCUAUGAGGCCGACUUACAGAGUAUCAAGGACGCUCUUGUCCCCAGGAUGGAGGCCCUCUUCAAGGAGACCCCGCAUGACGUUGGCAACCAAUCUGUCAUGCUGAUUGCUCGGCCUGUUACUCAGGCCAGGCCAGCAUGA